UCAACUAUAAAUAGCAUGCCGCUCUUCUCCAACCAUCACGACAAGAACCUGCAGCUAUCAAGUGAUACACAGAUCGAGAUCGCAGCAGCACAGAAGCAUAAGCGAUUCGAUAUGGUUUCCAAGAGAACCAUGUCGUCCUCCCUCGCCUUCCUCAUGGCACUGCUGCUCUCUUGCAGCACCAUGAGCAGCGCGGCACGGUACCUGGAGGAGACGAAGCCUGCAGAGGAGUACCCGCCGCAUCCCACCGUGCCGGAGAUCCCCAAGCCAGAACUGCCACCGCAUCCCACCGUUCCGGAGUUGCCCAAGCCUGAGCUGCCUCCACACCCCACUGUGCCGGAGCUGCCCAAGGCUGAACUGCCACCACACCCCGCCGUGCCAGAGCACCCAAAGCCUGAACCGCCACCGCACCCUACUGUGCCAGAGCACCACCCUACCGUGCCAGAGCUCCCAAAGCCUGAACUGCCGCACCCCACCGUGCCGGAGGUUCCUAAGCCCGAGCUACCACACCCCGCUGUGCCGGAGCUGCCGCACUCUGCUGUCCCUGAGGUGCCAAAACCCGAGCUGCCGCACCCUGCUGUACCGGAGGUUCCGAAGCCAGAGCUGCCGCCGCACCCUGCUGCACCGGAGGUUCCCAAGCCAGAGAUGCCCCAUCCGGCUGUACCGGAGGUUCAGAAACCUGAGCUGCCGCACCCAGAGGUGCCAAAGCCUGAACUGCCGCCACACCCCACCGUACCAGAAGUGCCUGAGGUGCCAAAGCAUGAGCUGCCACCCAAGCCGGAGAGCCACUACCCGGUGCCCGAGGCCAAGCCAAGCAGGAAAUCAGGAUGGAGAUCAGAGGGACGAAUUAAGGACCAAAAUCUUAACAACCACGGGGAUGCAGAUGACCUACCAGCUGCUACCAACGGCAACAUACAAGAUAUGGCUCCACCAUCACACAACGAUCUAGUUCGCUCUACUGAUCGAGAGUCGUCGAGACUCGACUCGACACGGGGCAGUAGUACACUACACGUACAAAGCUCACAACCAAGAGGUGUCAUGGCUGCCAAGAGCACCAUGAUUCCUUCCCUUGUCCUCCUCAUCGCGCUGCUGCUCUCGUGCAGCGGCAUUAGCGGCGCAGCGCGGCUGCUGGAGGAGGCGGAGUACCCGCACCCUGCCACGCCGGCGGAGCUGCCAAAGCCCGAGCUGCCGCCGCACCCCACGGUGCCGGAGCUGCCGAAACCCGAGGUGCCAGCACACCCCGCCACGCCAGAGCUGCCCAAGCCUGAGAUACCUGAGCACUUGCCGGAGUUGCCCAAGCCCGAGCUGCCUCCUCCUCACCCAGCUGCGGUGCCUGAACUGCCCAAGCCUGAGGUAGUACCCGAACACCCCGCCGUUCCAGAGCUGCCGAAGCCCGAGCUGCCUCCUCACCCCGCCGUCCCGGAGCUGCCAAAGCCCGAGGUGCCGGCGGCGCACCCCACCGUGCCGGAGCUUCCGAAGCCCGAGCUGCCUCCUCACCCCACGGUGCCAGAGCUGCCAAAGCCGGAGGUGCCAAAGCAUGAGCUGCCACCAAAGCCCGAGAGCCACUAUCCGGUGCCAGAGACCAAGCCCGGCACGAGCAGCGCGGCGCGGCUGCUGGAGGAGGUGGCGGCGCCCAAGGAGGAGUACCCGCACCCUGAAGUGCCAGAGCUGCCCAAGCCUGAGCUCCCGCCGCACCCUACGGUGCCGGAGUUUCCUAAGCCUGAGCUGCCGCCGCAUCCGGUCUUGCCGGAGCUGCCAAAGCCCGAGGUGCCCGUGCACCCCGCCGUGCCGGAGAAGUUGCCGAAGCCUGAGCUGCCGAAGCCCGAGGUGCCGGAGCACCCUGCUGCUGUGCCGGAGUUGCCAAAGCCUGAGCUGCCACCACAUCCCACUCCCACCGUGCCUGAGCUGCCCAAGCCCGAGGUGCCGGAGCACCCUGCUGCCGUGCCGGAGUUGCCAAAGCCCGAGCUUCCUCCUCACCCCACCGUCCCUGAGCUGCCGAAGCCUGAGGUGCCGGAGCACCCUGCUGCCGUGCCGGAGCUGCCGAAGCCUGAGAUGCCUGAGCACCCCACCGUGCCGGAGCUGCCACCUCUGGCUGAACCUGAGUUGCCAGUGCCACCAAAGGCCGAGAGCCACUACCCGGAGCCAGAGACCAAGCCCAUCGACCAACCAGAUCACACUCAGGUCGUCUCAGAAUUCCCAACUAAUCAAACCAUACACAAGUACGAAGACAAGAAGGCAAGAAGCACAAAUAGAGCACGAUUGAGUGCAAACCAUCGUCCAAUCAUGGCUUCGAGUUCUAGGAGCACGGUGUCUUCGUUUCUCUUGGUGGCACUGCUGCUCUGCUGCAGCCGCAUGAGCAGCGCGGCGCGGUUGCUGGAGGAGGCGCCGCCCAAGGAGGAAUACCCCCACCCUGCCGUGCCGGAGCUGCCAAAACCAGAGCUGCCGCCGCACCCUACCGACGUCGUGCCGCCUGAGGUGCCUCACCCAGUGCCGGAGCAGCCGAAGCCCGAGCUUCCACCGCACCCGGCCGUCCCCGAGCUGCCGAAGCCUGAGGUGCCUCACACAGUGCCGGAGCAGCCGAAGGCCGAGCUGCCACCGCACCCGGCCGUCCCCGAGCUGCCGAAGCCUGAGGUGCCGCACCCAGUGCCGGAGCUGCCCACGCCCGAACUGCUGCCUCCUCACCCGGCCGUCCCAGAGCUUCCAAAGCCUGAGGUGCCGCCGCACCCAGUGGCGCCAGAGCUGCCAAAGCCUGAACUCCCUCCUCACCCGACCGUGCCAGAGCUGCCGCACCCAGACGUUCCGGAGGUGCCAAACCACGAGUUGCCGCCUCUGCCGAAAGCUGAGCUGCCACCGAAGCCGGAGGGCCACUACCCGGAGCCGGAGGCAAAACCAUGA